AUGCUGGGAAUAUUUAGAGCCAACAAGCAUGUGCUAACACUAUCCAAAUCUUUUCGAUCUUAUUCUUCCAUAGCUGUUGGUGUGGAUGAUAUAUCUCCACCUGCCAACUCGACCGAAUCGGGAGCGGCCUCCUCCUCCGCAACAAAACCAUCAACUACGCUAAACUCAUCAACUAUUCAACAAAUUUUAAAAAACUUGCCUUCAGCAAAAUUAACAGAAUCAUACAGACUAAGUUCAAUUUUACUUUCAGAUAUUCAUACUACUAGUAGUUCGCGUGAUGAUCAAAUUCGUCAAGAAUUGGUUUUAUUAAGAGACCAACGAGAUUAUCCCAAUUUAAUCAAGAUUCUCGAAGUCUGGUCUAGUAAGGACAUCAAUGGGAUGAUGAAAGUAUUGGGUCAUGAAACCGUUUCUAAUUAUUUAGGGGAGAUAAUUUCGUUUGGACAUUUGUCGAUAUUUAGACACUACAAUUUGACUCCAAUUUUAAACUCAAUUAAAGUUCAUUCAUCAUUUGAUAAAUCAAGAUCUAGACGUAAGUUCACACCUCAUGAUAUCACUAAAUCGAUUAGAAAUAUAUAUAGCAAUAUUUUAUAUGACGCCAAAAGUGGGGAACACAUUUAUAAUCGUGAAAAAAGAAAAGAUAUUUAUGCAAGUGGGAAUUUAACUGGGUAUAAAUUGAGUGUUAGUGAUUUUGAGAAUUUAAUUAGACUUGAAUUGGGUAAUUUUAAAGUUGAUCUUGCGUCUCGGUGGUUUAAACUUUUCAGAAAAUAUGAAGGGGGCGAUGAAUUGUACAAACUGAAAAUGACGCCUGAAUUAUGGAAAUUGGUUUUCAGAAUGGAAGCCGGGGGCGAUAACAAAUUAUGGAUUAUUAAACCCACGGAAUUAUCAAAUAUCUCAUAUAACCCCUUGUAUAAGAGAGGAUAUGUUGGUCAGCACGUCAAUUUUUCCAUUCAAGAUAUACAGGAUAUUUCAAUCUGGCCCGAUUUGGAUUUAGAAUUUCAUGGUUGUAUGGUGCAGCAUUUUGGAUACAAUGGGGAAAUUGAAAUUUUGAAAAAAUAUGUGGAAACAAUAUGGGGUAUCAACAGUAAGGGACAAUUAAGUGGCUCCAAGCUUUCUAAAUCUGAUCGUUUGUACCCAGAUUUGAAAUUCUUAAGCAGUUUAUUUGUAUCAUUAGCAUAUAAUGGAGAAUUUUAUUAUGCUAUCAAAUAUGUGAACAAUUUCCAAAAAAUAUAUGACGAGAUGGAUAGCACUCAACUUGCUAAUAAAAAUUUCUGGGAACGAGUAUUCCAUUGGGCAAAUAUAUCAACAUCAUUUACUGAAGAGAAUGCAUUAAAGUAUUUCCUCAAACAAAGUAAUUACACUGGAGAAGGCUUGGAGAGUUUAUUAUUGCAAGAACUUACAAACGAUGUUGACUUUGAUUAUGAAGGUUAUUUGCAAUUUUUAAAUAAGCUAAAAGUUGAAAGAUGUGAUAUUUUUAAUCAAAUUUGGCAGAUUAUUCAUCAGGAAGAAGAAAACUUUGGAUUUUCAAAUUACAUUUAUAAAUUGUAUUUGAAUUUCUUAAAAGAACAUAUCAUUACUACUGAAGUGGAAACAGAACAGAAAUAUUACGACUAUUUAUCGAUUUUAUUAAAAAAAUAUCAAUUGUAUCAUGUUGAUGCAAAAUCUUUCACCAAAAGAAGCAAUUUAGGAUUCUUUCCUACUAAUGAUAUUGAUAAAUCGAUACGAGUUCUUUAUACUGAUGCUCUACGAGCAUUAAUUGAGUUUAAAGGGGAAAAUUUGAAGAUAGGACAUAUUGAACCCUUAAUUAAUGAAUGGAGUCUAGAUAAUGAAAUGAGAUUGGAAUUGGAAGACUGGGUUGCAAAUGACAGACUAAAGUAUUAUAAAGAGAAGUUGGAAACAAAACGUGAACAAUUUAUGAAUAGCUUAAGAUCUGAUGAUAAUGAGAAUGAGUCGUUCUUGGAUUUAAUGUGA